AUGCCGUUCUCAGAGGGCGUGUUAGCAUUGUCUUAUAAAAGCAACAGAGGACAAAGCAGAUUAUACCAAAUAAUAUCAUCUAUCUGGGAAACAACAAGAUCUCAAUCUCAGGACAGAUCAAUAUCAGAAAUGACAAUGGCACAAGUAUCAGGCAUGGAAUUCAAUCCAAAGGACAAUACAAGUGAAUAUGAGGAAAAUCACUAUGGAGUUUUUUCCUGUGGAUCCAAGAAAGGGGUUCACAAUUCCCACUGCAUCUCCUGUCACAGAAGGUCCUGUGUGUGCAGUUCUGGAAUACAUCUGGAGAUGGCCACAGAGGUGGAUUCUGGGUAUUCUUUCAGGAAAACCGUGGUACUCGUGGUGGCUGUUGAAAAGCUGAAAAAAGGGUUAAUUUGCAACAUGGGGUUCAAAGACACAGAUUUACUAAAUCUGAUAAAUGACAUUUUUGUGCAAGAAGAAAUUCCAUUUGAAAACACAGAAUUCACUUUCGCUUCCUUCCCCAAGUACAAGUGCAUUAAAACAAGUCAAUACAGUAUCAGAGAUUCUCACAAUAAGAGCAUGGCUUUGCAGCAAUUCCCUGGGAACGCCAAACUUGUAGCUGUUUUGCUUCAAGGUUUAAACACCCAGAGAGAAGAGAAGAUUACCAUGUCUUUUUACGCUACACAGAGUUUGAGCUCACACCAACAAGCAGUAACUUUGGGUCUAGCGGGGAAGAACCUCUACCUAUCAUGCACCCUUGUAGAAGGCGAAGCUCAGCUGCAUUUGGAAGAGGUCAAGAACAUUAAAGAAGUGAAAAAUGAGGAUUUGUUAAGAUUUAUUUUCCAGAAGUCUGCAUUUGGGUCUAGAUUCACCUUUGAGUCUGCGGCUUGCCCUGGCUGGUAUAUCAGCACUUCUCAAGCUGAAAACGAAUUGGUCCAGAUAAAGGCUGAAGUUGAUCAAAGAUAUAUUAGAGAAUUCUUUGUCCUUAGUCCUUAG